AUGGCUCACAAUAAUGUUUUCGUCAAGACGAUAACACACUUGAAAGACAGACCGAAUGCGGAUCAUGCGCUGGAAUUGCUGAAAAAGACGGCGUCCCUUGUAAAACCUAUCAUGAGGAAGUAUGGGUGGAUUUUGCCAGAGCUGAGCGAGUUCUAUCCCGACAAUCCUAACCUACUUGAUGUGAACGCUGGCCAAAAGAUCUUGAUUCGCCUUCGACCUUACAACUCUCCGACAUGGUUCUACGACUUAGAGGACAUCGUUGGCACCAUGCUACACGAACUUACGCAUAACGUCCAUGGACCGCAUGACGAUAAAUUCUAUACUCUCUUGAACAAGCUGCAGGAAGAGUACUAUGCUCUGAAGAGGAGCGGGUACGCAGGCGAAGGGUUCUAUUCUCCAGGACAUAGGUUAGGUGGCUCGUCUUCUUCCUCGUCACGGGAUGUGCCACCGCAUGUUGCGCGUCAGAAGGCGCUUGAAGCUGCGCAAAAGAGGAAGCAAGUAUCUCAGGUCCUUGGAAGUGGCUCCCGAACACUGGGUGGACUUGGGGGCGGUCCCUCCACACGAAAUCUUUCCCCGCGGGAGCUUGCUGCUCGUGCUGCGGAACGCAGAAUCAGGGAUGCUAAAUCUUGCGGUUCCCAGCAGGGCCGUGAACUGGCUGAACGCGAAUCGGCCAAGGCUGCACAGGAAGGGAUCCGGAACGAAGUGAUCGACCUGACCCUGGAUGAUGACGACGAUCUUUGGGAGCCAGACUGGAUCUCUGAUCCUGAGGAUGGCGACGACGAGGUUAUCAUCGUCGAGGAGGUCCACAGAGCGCCUACAGUCAAUGGAUCAAAGAUGAAGGAUAGCGGAAGACCGCCAGCGCCCCAGGGGAAAGGCAGACAGAGGGCAAUUUCCCCCAAGCCCAAGGCGAGCUCGUCACGCAACGCGUCUUCUUGGGCCUGCGAUCAAUGCACGCUCAUCAAUGAGGGUACUGCGAAGGAGUGUGACGCGUGCGGAUUCCGGCCCAAGCCAGUCGAAGAGUUGGUUGGAUGGACUUGCUUUGUAUGUGGAGAAAUUGGGAUGGACCACCAAUUCUGGUCCUGUCGAAGCUGUGGAUCUAUCAAGGCCGAGAGUUGAUUCUGCCGCUUCCAAUACCCAUGACACUUAUGGACGGCACACCAGCAUACCCCUCGAGUACAGCUAUUCCAUUCCCAUAUUCCCAGUACUAUGUAGUACUGUAUAUACAUUUCCGAUGCUAUUGCCCA